AUUAAAGACUGGUGACUUCAGUCUAGCCGUGCUUCACAAUUGGACAGCCUGAAUGCCGAGCGCAGCAUCUGUUUGGGUGGUUCCCACGCCUUCUGCGGCCGUCUUCUUCGUGUCCCGCAUAUAUAUGACAUUCGAAGUGCGAUCUUAUGGAUUUGGAGUCUUUGCCGAGGAUUACUGUUGCCACGGUCACCAAAUCCUAUCUUUCGGUCCAUCGCACGGAGAUCGCGUGACGGUAGCAGAGGACGUGUAAUUGUGUUUAGGAGCUACUGCUACGUGCCCCUUCUUUCGAGGGUCAGAUGAGAGUAAUUGAGUGAACAAACGGUCAAAUUUUAAACCGAGUUUGAGAUAAACAAGUUCGGCCUGUAUAUGUUGAACUUCGUCAUUAGACUCUAAAGUUCUCUGUUCUGCGACCUUUGUUACCCCGGAAGUCUCGCUGCUCGCUAAAAUUGUCUGACAACUCUAGCAGACAAGGGCAUCAGCUCUGGCCUCGAUUACAGUCAGCAUCCCGCAGUCGGUUUUCCAGUGGCUAUACCAAAGAUUUCACUGUGUGGAGCUUUCACUAGAAGCUUGAACACGUCAAGAAAGAUUUCACAGGCCUUUAAUAAGGAAAGCGUGCAUGGUUCAUUCCGUAAGGCAAACAAAGACGAGGUUUGCUUAAUAGAGAUGGAUCUGAAAGUCUCAGUUUAUCCCGAGUGACUCAGUCGGUCAGUCGGCCCAUGUCAGUCAGUCAGUAAGUCAGAGACUCACAUUUAGAGGACAAUCGGCCUCGGGUACAGUAAAUAAACAAAAAUACAAACGUUCUUUAUCUUGUGAAGAAAACAAUUUAUGGACAACACAUUGUCAUUGCCAGAAAGUUACCAAAAAGUCAAGCGUCACACUUGAAGCGAUUGUAUCACUUUCAUAUUCGAUGUACCUGAACUUGCGUUCAGACGAACACUGAGCAAAGGGCCACCGAAGCAAAUUCUUCACUUAACCUCUUUCUUCAAUUGAGUUGCAGUUAGUUAUGGCAAAUCAACCGACGAUCUAUGUGACUGACUCUGUCACGUCAGGCCAGCCGUUGCUGCAGAGUUUUACCGUAUCGAGCACUGCAACAGCUCUCGGUGGCAAAGUUGACUUCGGGUUGCUCUUCUCUGUCAUCCUGAGCUCCAUGGGCAUGCUCGGCAACGCUCUGGUUUGCUUUGUCAUGUUGCGCCACAGGAAGGUGUUCUACUCACCGACCAACAAGCUGAUCAUCCACCAGUCCUUUGUUGACCUCGUGGCUUCCACAAUCUUUUUUGUCCGUAGGUUUGCGCUCGCGGUACCCCCAAUCGCUGACGGUUUCAUUGGGGGCUUUUACUGCCGUGUCUGGUGGUCCGAGUGGCCAAUGUACGGUAUGUUCGUCACUUCUACCUACAAUCUGGUGGCCAUAUCUACGGAGCGUUACGUGGCUACCUGCCAUCCCAUUAAGCAUCGCAACGCUUUCUCCCCGUUCCGUCUGAAACUCGUCAUGGCCGCCGCCUGGCUCGCGGGCUGGCUCCCGGCUGCCCACCUCACUUUGAUCUGCUACUACGACGCCGAGGUGCGCGACUGCGGCGCCUCCUGGCCAAACUUUGAGGUGCAGGCCGUGGCCGGCACCCUCAUCUUCGUUCACGAGAUCAUCGUCCCUAUCACAGUCAUGUUCUUUGCUUACUCCCGGAUCAUCUGGUCCCUCCGUCGACGCUCUAGGGUCCGAGAGGGAGAGAACAACGACGCUGCCCGGGAGAUGUUCUCCAAAGCCAAUCGCAACGUGACCAUCACCCUGGUGGUCGUCGCUGCCUUCUUCGCCAUCUGUUGGCUUCCAACUGACAUUUACUACCUUCUAUACAAUCUCCACGUGCACAACAACUUCGUGGAGCACCCGGUCUACCAAGUGUUCUCGGUCAUUGUCGUCCUCAACCUGUGCAUCAACCCUCUCAUUUACUGUUUCGCUUACGAUCGUUUUCGUAAGAAACUCAAGCAGGAGUUUUGCGGGAACCGCUGGCUUGCCCGCCGGGUCGGCAUUGCGGAGGACGGUACAAGUAAUGACACAGGUACCCGCAUUACCGUAGCUGCGGGUCGCGGAGCAACUGCCGGUAAUGACAAGACUCUCACCACCACUGUUCAAACGGCUGGUUGCUCCUUUCAGACUGAAACGGUGGUCGCUAGCUAAACUUAAUCUGAACCCACGAAGUAGAAACCGUGCACACUCGUGGUCUAAUUACAAAAGGUCAAUGUCUUUGAAACCGGUAGAAGUGGCAUAAUAUUAACUAAGUUUACAGCUACAAAUAUCGGAGCGAACACAAUCUGACCGAAUAUAAUCAUUGUUCAAUAUUAUGGUUUGUUUUCAAGCACAGUCUAAUCAGUCAUUAGUUUGGUGUUAUGCACUGACGAGCUCUUUCAGCACUGUAUUUAAUAUUGCUCAUAUACCAUGUUUUUUGUUAAUAAUUCUAUACAGGCUAACUCCACACAAAGGAUCGUUCAAAAUACAUAGAGGCUAUUCUGACAUUGACUUAACGAGCUUAUAUACAUGUCUUAAAAUUCCGAGAAUCGGGGUCUCAGAACUAUGAACCCUAUUAUGAAAAGCAAAAUGCAAAACGUAUAGCUUUCGGGCUUCGAUGUAACUGUCUAAGCCAUGCCAAUUCACAUCUAUUGUUUGAAGUUUCAUCCGACGAGUGGGGGCGAAGACAAAAAUCCUACAAUUUUCGGACAUUAGUAUACAAUCUGGUGAUUGAAUAAUUGGCACGUUAUUUGAAAUAACUUAUACACCCAGUUUAGAUUCCACGGUAGCAAGCGUGGCAUCACUCUGCAAGUUGCGGGUUCGAGUCCCAGGAAUUUUACGUAGUUCCCAAAAGUUAACUUUCUUUAAUUGUGUUUUAUCUGUUUAUUAAUUAUUUCACUCAUCCGUGAGGGAAGAGUAGACAAUAUACAACAUCGGUUAAAAAAAAAAGUCGACGUCACUCUCCUGGUUUAAUUAUUUAAACAAACCAAUUCAUAGACUCCUUGGAAAGGGGGGGGGGGGCACACCCAUCUACCCCUUCCCCCGAAACCAAUUAACCUCCUAUUCAACCUUUGAAAUCGUAUCUAUCUCACUUCUUCUUUCAUCCUCUUCUUCUUAAAACGUGACCAAACCUUUUGUCAUUGAAUGACCAAAACAAAUUGACCGACCGCGCGUGCGUCCUUGGCCAUGACAGUGAUCAACCUUCCUUGUAUAAGCUUGCUGGAGUGGAUUCCCAAGAUUGAAUGAUAAAUCCCAAAAGAUUUACAUGUUUAUCAAUAUUAGGUUUUGCCCUUCACCGACGUAUAAACACGGUAUACUCAGUGUGUUACCUCCCUGGUGAAGUUCAAGUCUCACCCCGGAGUGAUUUGUUUUCCAACUUUCACUCGGGAGGUAACGACGUGUAUAAACACUGUUAUAUACCGUGUUUAUACACGUCGGGGGAGGGCAAAACCAAUAUUGAUUUAGAUCUGUAAGUAUCAACCUGACGCAAAUUCCAUCUUAUGAAUAGUUUCAUUUUGUUCUUCUCUUAAACUUCC